CAGGGAAGAACGUUUCGAGAGCAAUCGCUUUAGGAAAGAGUAUCUCACGUGAGCUCUAAUGGGUUCGUUAUCAUACUUUGUGGUUUUAGAUUUGAUUUUAAUGAAAUUGACAGUAUCGAAGACAAUAAAAAUGUGUCUUUAUAGGAUAAUAUUGUUAAAAAUUGUAAUAUUGUUUUCUGUAGACAAAACGAAUGUUUUGAUGCAUAGUAUGUUAACUUGAAAUGGCCAAGAGUCAGACUUUACACCAAUCUUAAAAUUGCCAUCAGAGUACACAUUGCGGAAUAGCAUAGAUCUAUUUCUGCCACACAUUUUUCAACCAUUUAGUUUUCGGAUUGAAAUGGGGGUGGUCGGGUAACCUAGUGGUUAAAGCGUUCCCUGUCACACCGAAGACCCGGGUUCGAUUGCUUACAUGGGUACAAUGUGUGAAGCCCAUUUCUGGUGUCCCUCGCCGUGAUAUUGCUGGAAUAUUGCUAAAAGCGGCGUAAAACCAUACUCACACACUCACAUUGAAAUAUGCUAAUCUUUUCCCUGUCGAUGUAUUCUAAAAAUGUCAACAGUUACAUCUGUGGUCAACCUCGAUUAUCCAGCCUGUUCUAUCUCCAUAAUAAUAGGAUAAAUACCUUGCAUCCAAACACCUUUUGUGUCCGGUUUAAAUGACACGACUCAACAAAUAGCCGUAAUGUCGAAAUACAGUCGGUGAACCAGAGUAAGUGGUGAGAGAUUGAGAUGGCAACUUGACUUCUUAUUUGAAACUAUUGUAGAUAAUAGACCAAGAAACUGUAUCGCAACAUAAUGACGACAUGAUACAGUGAAUGGUCGAGGGUGUGCCAUUGAUAACUACUUUUACUUUGUAAUCUUCUCGCAAGGCCCGAACAUGUUCACUUUCCGCCAACCCAGACAGCCUCUUUCUAAUAUGGAGAUCGAGUGCCACGUUCCUACUAAUUACUGCUGUUCUUUGCGGCUAUUAAGGGAUUGUUCAAUGUUUCUGUCGUGCAUAUAGUUUUAUAACUUUGUUGUUUUAUGCCUCAAUUUAAUAUUCCAACAACAUCACGGCGUUAAUAUUCGAACUGAUCCCAAAAUGUUAGUGUUUGAUGCUCAUGAUGCAAAUCACUGGAUUGUCUGGUCGGGGGUUGAUUAUUUACACACAAAGACGUUAAACACUGAUACCUGUGAUCAUCCUCUUCUGUUUCUACAGAUUCGCGAUUGUUUCUGCUCCGUUGCAUCCAUGCAAUCUAAUUAAAUUCAAACAAGUUCAUUUGUUGACAAGAUGAAUGUAUGGCUUCUUCGAGGUUUGUAAAGACCCAUAACAGUGCGUGUAUUUGUCUCCCACGCCACGUCGUACUUCAGUAAUCAACUGACCCUUUGUCACGUUGGGUGCCUUUUGCAUUAUAUAUGUGCUGGACUCAAGGCUGUUAUAAAGUCUGCUAUAAGUCUGUCAUUAAAGCGUACUGGGCUGUUGGUAUGUUGAAAAUGUGUAGGAUGUAGGUGUGUAAAGACAAAGUGCCUGUAUUGUCUCCCACGCCACGUUGUACUUCGAUCAGUACGUAGGCGUGUUAAAACUAGGGUUCUUUAGUUGGGCUUCAGAUCAGGAGACAGCCAAACAGGAAUUAGACAACUUGGUGUCAAAUGAGAUGAUUAUUUAUUGAAACGGUUUUCUAAAUACGGUAAUCAGAUACUUCACAAACGAACUGGAAGCAAUAUGCAAACUGGGGGCGCAGUGGCUUUCCUACCUUAGCUCUCAGUGUUACGAAAGCUGUCUCCCCGACUUCUUCACGUAGUUUUAUUUGUCUCCUUUUUGAAGCACUGUUUGUCUUUUUCCGAAUAGGCCUAUAGAAAAACGUAUUCAUCCAUUAUUUAUUAAAGUCAGUCUCUCAGCUCUUUGACGUGUUUUUUCCUAGCUGAUAUUUGAUAUUGACUCCUAAAAUUAAUUGUUUUUAGUCAAUUUUGUUUUUUGAGAAUAGUGUGUAAUAGCUGUUGAAAAUUGUAAACAUGCUCCAGACAUUAUUUUCAAAAGUAUUGUAGAUCUAGUUAUGUUUUGUUUUGUAUGUCUUGCUGUUCUUGGCUUUAUUUGAUCUGCAAAUAUAUAGUAAACUAAAAAACGAUGCUAAAUCAACAUUUGAAUUCAGCGCGCGAUGUACAUUUUCUUUCACGUUUUUGUUUUCAUCCCAUAAUGCACUACGAAUUUCAAGAUGGCGUCGCCCUAUGUGAGCACGUUGUUCGGUCAGUCGGUGAAAAGUGUGCUCGAUGGCUGGACCGCACUUCAGCUGGCAGUGAAUCAUGGGUCUGGCGGGCCUGACAGUCAGGAAAAGGCAGAGUGGAUGGUUUAUGCAAUAGAAACAUGGUUCAAAGAAAAUGCUCACAUAGAAAGUUAUGAGUUGGAGGACUUCCUGGAAGACGUGAUGAAUGCUGAGUUUGAUAUGGUUAUAGAAGACAACAGCUUGCCACAGGUUGCGCAGAUGAUCUGCAAGUACUUCCGACUGUGUGGGGAGGGGCGGGAGGCCGAGGUGCGUCAGAGCAUAGCCAGCCAGCCCAAGGCCGCCCUCCGGGGCUGCACCCAGGGGGACAGCAACCAGGAGGUGGACGGGGAGGAGGGAGAGAAUGGUGAGGCGAUGGCAUGCUGCAGCAGUGCUGGUGAUGCUGUGAGGGCCGCAGUGUCUCAGUCGGCCCCUUCACACCAACCUUCACAGCACAAUAACACAGAUGGGGAGGACAUGGAGGUGGAGGACGGCUGGGAGGUGGUCAAGCGGGGUAAGAAGAAAUGACCCACGUGACUGUUCCAUCACGCAACACGAAUCAUCUCCCGACCCUCGGGAACCCAUCCUCUAGAAUCCCACCUUGAACUGUCUGGGGAAGAGCAGCGCUCAGCUUCACGCAUCCAGAGGCUCAUUGAAGAGAAUACUCAUAUCACCAUGAUCACAUGCGGAAUCCUUUCUUGCCCUUACAAGAGAAUUAAUCAUUUUCUGAAAUAAUACAUACCAAUGUAGACAUAGACGAUAAGAGAGUUUAUCCAAUUUGGCAAAACAGUGACCCACAUCACUCCCAGGGUUAGAAAUUUCUUCUAUUAUAGUGCUGACGUCAUGGUUAUGAUAAGUGCUAGUACCUGAAGGACAUACUUAGAAGUCAUGUUUUUUGUGUUAUACCUUUUGACAAUGUUUCCUAUGUGAAGUGAGUGAGUAAAAUAUGGUUUUACGCUGCCUUUAGCAAUAUUCCAGCAAUAUCAUGGCAGGGGACACCAGAAAUGGGCUUCACACAUUGUACCCAUGUCGGGAAUCGAACCUGGGUUUUCGGCAUGACGAGCGAAUGCUUUAACCACUAGGCUACCCGACCACCCCUUUCUGUGAAGCCAGUGAUACAUUUGAUAUAGGAACAAUAUGGGAUAUAUUUGGCAAUGAUUUUGGCAUCCUCGACCUUAAUGAUGGUUGGAUGAAAUGACAAGACAUUACGAAGGUAUAUCGUUUUUACAUGAGAGAUAACACUAUUAGGGACAUGUUCUGUAAUUUUCUCAUUGAAACAAAUUAUAAUAAAAGCAACCAAAAAAAAGUAUUAUGACAAAAGUGAAAAGAAAACUUGAUACAUUGUACCUGACAAUAUCUGGUGAACAAACCUUUGACUGAUGGUCGUCCCCACCUCUGUCAACCAACAUUUGAGCAUCUCUUCUACAUGUUGCAUGACCAAGAGUUUGUCAGUGUGAACAAUGUCUUUUGGGGAUGCUGAGAAAAAUUGUUUCAGAGAGGGGUUUGAUGAAAAUCAGAAAGAUUGAAUCUGUUCAUGAUCCGGAUAGCCUUCAGAGGAAGGUUUGGUUUGAUCUGACGUUAAAAUUUGGCAUUUGGGGGGUUGAACGUCAACAUUACCUUGUCCUCAAUCUUUCCGCAUUGAGGUUGAUGGCGUAGGGUGUUUCUCACCUGCACACACAGUGAGGUGACAAACAAACACUGCAGUGAUCUUUGUGAUUUAAACCAUGCAUAUGUGCAGCUGGUAUUCCUUCUUGUGCUGUUGCUUCAUUUAAUUUGUCGUCUGGGUUAGAAUUGGUCUUUAGCAACCCAUGCUUGUAAAAAGCGACUAUGCUUGUCGUAAGAGGCAACUAACGGGAUUGAGUGGUAAGGCCUGCUGUCUUGGUUGAUGCAUGUCAUCGACACCAU